CAGUUUCACAGUUAUUUAACUGAAAGUUGCUGGCGAUUCGCCACAACAGAAAAGAAGAAGAAACUUCCCAGAACGCGCUGUGAAUUUUCGCUUUCUCUGGGUUUAUUUCAUUUAUUAUAUCCUCACCGUACUUCUAAAAGUCAUCUUGUUGAAAACCAACUUCAGUUUUUUGAUAUGUCGAGGAAUUUUUUCCCACUUGGAAACGUCUCAUGAAUCUAAUUUCGGACGGAGACCAACCAGGAAAUGGCUUCUUCUCUUCCUGCGUCUCUGUUCCUGCUGUCUGUGGUUUUCUGGCAGUUUGUUUCUGCUGCAGAUCAGAACAGCAUCAAAGCUGAACCUGGACAGAACGUCUUUCUGCCAUGUAAAGAUACUGAUCAGGGGGAGAUUAUAGUCGUAGAGUGGACCAGAACCGAUCUGAAGUCAGGAUUUGUCCUCCUGUACAGAGACGGGAGGAUCGAUCUAGCAAAGCAGCUUCAGUCUUACAAGGACCGGAUGGAUCUGCUGGUUAAUCAGAUACAGAAAGGAGACGCGUCCUUGGUUCUGAAGAACACAACGAUUGAUGACAGCGGAACGUAUGAAUGUCGAGUCAAACAAACGAACCAGGAGAAGAAACGGAUCAGCACCGUCAGCCUGGUUGUAGCUCCUCCUCCUCCAGAACCGUUUCCAGUCUGGGCCAUACUUCUACUGGUUCUACUGGUUCUGGCUGCUGCUGGUGUUUCUUUUUAUUUCCGGCACCGUAUGAGAUCAGAACUGAAGGAGCAGCAGGAGGAGAAGGUGGAGGUGGAAUCAGGGGAGGAGUUUGUCCUGCUGCCAUUCAAGAAGUUGGACGAACUGCCUGGAGACGUUAAGGUGGAAUGGAAGGAUAGCAGAGGCAGGACGGUCCAUGUGUAUCAGAACGGUUCUGAUCAGCCUGGAGAACAGAAGCAGAUCUACAGAACCAGAACCAAGAUGGAUAAAAACCUGCUGAAGAAUAAAGACCUCAGUCUGACUCUGACAUGGCCCACAUUUGGAGACUCAGGGAUCUACACCUGCAUCGUCUCCAGCUGGAUAAGAAACUUCCAGGUGAUGAAACAAGUUCAGCUAAAGGUCAAAGUCCCAAAGGUGGAGGUGGAAUCAGGGGAGGAGUCUGUCCUGCUGCCCUGGAGAACCAGGGAGAGUCUGGGUGGAGACGUUAAGGUGGAGUGGAGGGACAGCAGAGGCAGGACGGUCCAUGUGUAUCAGGACGGUUCUGAUCAGCAUGGAGAACAGAACCAGAUCUACAGAACCAGAACCAAGAUGGAUGAAAACCUGCUGAAGAAUAAAGACCUCAGUCUGACUCUGAGACGACCCACUGGGAGAGACGGAGGAACCUACACCUGCAGAGUCUACAGCUGGAAGGAAGAAAAACUGAUGGAGAAAAAAGUUUUUCUCCAACUUAAAUUCCAACAGGUGGAGGUGGAACCAGGGGCGGAGUCUGUCCUGCUGCCCUGCAGAACCAGAGAGAAUCUGGAUGGAGACGUUAAGGUGGAGUGGAGGGACAGAGACAACAGGACGGUCCAUGUGUAUCGGAACGGUUCUGAUCAGCCUGGAGAACAGAACCAGAUCUACAGAACCAGAACCAAGAUGGAUGAAAACCUGCUGAAGACUAAAAACCUCAGUCUGACUCUGAGACGGCCCACUAGGAGAGGCGGAGGGACCUACACCUGCAGAGUCUACAACAGAGAUGGAGACAUGCUGAUGGAGAAACAAGUUCAGCUGGAGGUCAAAGUCCAACAGGUGGAGGUGGAGGAGGGGGCGGAGUCUGUCCUGCUGCCGUUCAGAGUGACCUCUGACCUGCUGGGAGGAGACAGAGUGGAGUGGAGGGACAGCAGAGGCAGGACGGUCCAUGUGUAUCAGAACGGUUCUGAUCAGCCUGGAGAACAGAAGCAGUUCUACAGAACCAGAACCAAGAUGGAUGAAAACCUGCUGAAGACUAAAGACCUCAGUCUGACUCUGAGUCGACCCACUGAGAGAGACGCAGGAGGGUACAGAUGUAAAGUCUGGAGAGACGGAAAAAUCCUGAGAAGAAAACACUUCUUUCUGAAGGUCAAAGUCCCAAAGGUGGAGGUGGAACCAGGGGUGGAGUCUGUCCUGCUGCCCUGCAGAACCACAGAGAAUCUGGAUGGAGACGUUAAGGUGGAGUGGAGGGACGAGUAUGAUGAUGUGGUCCAUGUGUAUCAGAACGGUUCUGAUCAGUCUGAAGAACAGAACCAGAUCUACAGAACCAGAACCAAGAUGGAUGAAAACCUGCUGGAGAAUAAAGACCUCAGUCUGACUCUGAAAUAUCCUGCAGACAGUGGACUCUUCACCUGCAGAGUCUACAGCAGAGAUGGAGAAAUCCUGAUGGAGAAACAAGUUCAGCUGAAGGUCAAAGACCAACAGGUGGAGGUGGAGGAGGGGGCGGAGUCUGUCCUGCUGCCAUUCACAGUGACCUGUGACCUGCUGGAAGGAGCUACAGUGGUUUGGUGGGACUGCAGUUGCAGGAAGAUCCUUGUGUAUCAGAAAGGUUCUGAUCAGCCUGUAGAACAGAACCAGCUCUACAGAACCAAGAUGGAUAAAAACCUGGAGAAUGGAGACGUCAGUCUGACUCUGAUCCGGCCCACUGAGAGAGACACAGGACUUUAUGAAUGUAAAGUCUGGAGAGACAGAAAAAUACUGAGAGUCAAAUGGUUCCGUCUGAAGGUCAAAGCAGGGACGGUCCAGGUCCAACCAGAGGACAUCAGAACCAGAACCAGCUCCCCUGCUGAAUCGAUUCCUCUGAUGGCUGAUCAAUUAGUCUGAUCAGUUCAUUGAUCUGAUUGUUGAUCAGAGAGGAUCUGGAUCUGGUUCCGGUCUGCAGACUCAGUUUUUACCUCUGAAAUUAUGAAUCAUCCUCAGCUACCAGAACCGGGCCCAACAGAACCCCAGACAGAAGAAUUAUUGAUCCUGAGACAAAACCAUUCAAAUCUGGCUGAUGGAUCCCAGAUUCUACUGGUUAAACUGGUUUCUGCUGAGAGCUCAGGUCAAAGGUCAACAGACAAGCCCAGUUGUUUUAAAAAAAAAGGCCAACGUCUAUAAUUUUUAAUAAAGUCCCAUUUUAUUCUCUACAUGUUCAGAUUUAAAUGUUUGUUUUCAGGCUGAGUAGCAAACAGGAUUUGUCUCCCCCUGCUGGCCGAUUUCCACCAGGAGGAAGAAAGUAAAUUUGACCAUUAAAGUGACCUGAUGGGUGGUGAUGGUGGUAAUGAUGUGAUUUUGUAUAAAACAAUAGAAAGAAAACAAAUCUCAUCCUGAUUGUGUUUCUGUGUUGAAACUUGUUCAGGUGAUUUUUAUUGAUGUUGUUUUGUAUGAAAUUUUUAUAACAGUUUUAUUUCCUGUUAUUGCAGCUCUGUGUUGAAUCCUGCUGUUUGUUCAGCCUCAGGUCUUCACUUUGUGUUCAGCUGCAUUCUGAUAUUAAAGCUUCAUUUUAAGUGAAACAAA